AUGAAUAGAAGAAAUAAUAAAACAAUUGACCAAAAAAAAGGGGCACAUAUAUUUAAAAAUUUCGAUAUAAAAGAAAAGACAGAUAUUUCAAAAAGCUCGAACAAAACAGCUAGUUCUAUAGUACACAAAUUAGAAAAAAAUAAAAAUCCUUUGUCUAAUCCCCUUAAUGAAAAUGAUAAAACUUCAACUAUUAGUAAUAACAUAUAUACUUGUAAUGCUUAUGCUAAAGACAAAGGCAUAAAGCCCUCUAAUAAAAAUACAAUUUCCACUGACACAUGGAAAGAUAAAACCAAAUCCAAUGCUAAACCAAUUACUGUUUAUAAUAAAUAUACACUAAAAGAAAAAAAUGUGCUAAGUGAAACAACUGGCGAUUCAUAUAUUUCCUCGAUAAAUAUAAAAAAUAAAUAUAAUCAGACAGAGAAAAAUCAAUUAAAAAAAAAAAGUUCAUCCAUUAUAAAUAUAAAAUCUACUAUCCAACAUUCAAAUAAUGUAAAUAAAAAUAUUCAAGACAAAAAUUUAUUACAUCAAAAGAAUAUAACACUUACUCAUGGAAAUGAAAUAGAUCAACCAAAUUUAGAAAAAAAAAAACAACAAAUUAUCAACCAUCCUAUAGAAAGACUAAACAAAAAUAAUAAUAAAAACAAUUUCGAGUCACUAAGACAAAAAAAAUAUGAUGAAGAAUGCUCUACCCAUUCAGCUGUAAAUUCUAAAACCGAAAAAAAUUUAUUAAAAGAAAAGGCAACUAAGGUAAAAGCCAGUACAAUUAGUAGUCCAGAACAUGAGACAGAUGAAAUAAAAACAUCUAUAAACAAAAAAUUUGUAAUAAAUAAUAGCAUAUUGAAAAAUAAAUUUGAAAACAAUAGUUUAAUUACUGAUAAAAAAAGUAAUGAUUCAGAAAAUAAUCAAAAUUUAAAAAAGUUUAAGAGAAUUAUUUCAUAUAAUCUUCCUCCUACAAAAAAAAAUAAAAAUGAAAAUAUACAAACAUCUAAAAAUGUGACAUGUUCUAUAUCAUCUAAUAAUAUAUAUAACAAUAAGGAUAAUGUAAAAAAGGUAAAUGACACAAAUUCAAAAAUUGAUUUAUUGGCAAAUCCCAUAAAUUCUAAACUUAUAGAGGAUUCAUCUAUUUGUAAUGAUAUGAUUUCUACUAAUGUAGAUUCAAAGCCUGUUUUAUUUAAUUAUAACAAUUUAAGUUAUGUACAAAAAAAACUAAUGCACCCCAAGGCAUUGUCUACCAUGAAUAUAAAAAAUGGACAAAAAAUUUUGAAUAAAUCAAAUAUAAGAAGUAUAAGCAAUAGUGAAAAAAGCCAAACAAAAUCAAUGGCUUACUGUUCUGAAAAUGAAAUAAAGCCCUUCUUAUUUAAAAAUAAAAAUAUAAAAAAUGAAAGUAGCAAACAUGCUGAUAAAACAGAAAAAAGAGAAGAAAUUACAAACAAAAUAGAAACUUAUAACAAUAAGAGUUUUAAAAAUAAUGAAAAUGAUAGUUUAAAUAAAAAAUUUAUUCAUAAAAUUACCAACACAAAAAGUUAUAUUUCAGUAAAAAUGAAAGAUAAUGCAAAUCCUACAAUUAAUAAUUCUACUGAUAAGGAAAACAUUUUAAAAACGGACAAUAGUGAACUUGCAAAUAAAAAAAUGAGUUUUUUUUCGUCGGCACACAAAGAUAUUCACAUACGUCAUACAACAAAGUUAAACAAUUCCAAAGAUAAUAAAUUCUUUUCCUUAUCUUAUAAAAAUAAAAAUAUAAUCGAAGGAACUAAUGAAUUGGAUUAUCUGCCAAACCAAGGCUUUUAUUCAAAUAACAGUAGAAAAAAUGAAAAUUUUAAUAAUAUCAUAAGUAGUAAUUAUAACAAUGAUACCAUUGUUGAGAGUAGUGAUAAAAUAAAUGUCACUACUAAACCAAUGGAUUCCAUAGAUUCUGUUAUUCCAUCUAAUAUAGAAAGCGGCCUUCAUGGAGUGAAUCGCCAAAAUUAUAUAUUAAGAAAAAGUUUUGAUCCUAAUUCAAAAAUAUCUAAUUUAUUUCAAACAAAUAAAAUGAAUAAAACUAUGUUAAACACAAGACGUGAAUCAGUACAAAUAGGAUUAAAAUUCGAUGAAAUGAAAAGAAAAAGUUUCGAAAAUUUUAAUAAUAAUACACAAGUUGAAAAUGGUAUAUUAAAACAUAACAAAGACAUAUUAACCAAUAUCAUAGUAAAAAAUGAUAACACAAAAAAGCAAAAAUCCAGAAAUGACAUUAUUCAAUCGGAGCAAAGUGACGAUAAGAUGGAAUUAUUAAAAAAAAGGAAAUUAGGCUAUACUGUAGGCAUAAAUAAAAGUGAUGAAGAAAAAAAGUCAGCAAAUACUAAACCCGCAAUUUCAUUCAAUCCAUCUAUUCGAAAUAUUAUAGAAAAAGUUGUUGGCAAGCAUUUGAUAUUAAGAAGUAAUAUGCUAAGUGAUAAAAAUACAGCCAAGUUAGAUAACCACGAAUUAAAUAAUAAUAAAACUUCUAAUAUGAAAAAUGUAAGUAAUAGACUAAAACAAGGAGAUAAAUUCAGUUCAGUAAAUCCCAUCAGUUUAUCUAAAUCAUCUCUUACCCAAACACAAUACAAUCACAUUUCCAGCAAAAUAAAUACAGGAAAUGAAGUAUCAAAAAAUGUAAAAAGUAAAGCCAAUACCGCUGUGAAUAUUUUAUUAAAAAAAGUCCCAACCCCAAAAACUGAAACGUCCAUAAAUAUACCCACCAUUUUAAAUGUCGAAAAUGAUAGUGAUAAAAAUGAAACAAAAAAUAGUCAUAUAAAUAAUAGUACCAUAUCAACAGAUUUAAAAAAAACAAAUAAUAUAAUAUUGAAUUCUCAAAUAAAAUCAUAUUGUAAAAAAGAUUUAAACCAGAUUAAUAAUAUUUCAAAAAAUAGACAACCACAAACUAUCAACUAUGAAAAUGAUGGAAAUAAUCUGGAUAAUUGUGUUUCAACAAAAGAAGGACCAUACCAAAAUAAAAAAGAAAUAAAUUAUUCACAACAAAAUUAUGAGAAUAAAAAAUUGGAAGGAGACUCUUCCAUUCUAUUAGAAAAUAAUAAGGACAAAACAAAAGCAAAUUCAAUGGCCACAACUGAUAAAUAUAAUCACAUAAUUAAUCGAUUUAUAAAUAAUGGUAACUCAAAAUAUGAUAAUACACUUAACAAUAGUUUUGGGGACAUUGAUAGUAUUUUAAACUUUUCAAAGUAUUCCGAAAUAAAUAAAAAAGGUUUUCUUUUAUCUGACAAUAAAGAAGAUAAACCAAGUCAGCAUACUAUGGGAUGUACAAAAUAUUCUUUACUUUAUAAUAAAAACGGCGAAAUAAAUUAUAAUAAAAAUUGUGGUGAAAAGAUUGAAGAUAAGGAUUUGAAUUUAUUUGGUAUGCUAAUCGAAAAAGAGUGCAAAGACAAAAAAUUCGAAAAUACAAAAAUAGAUAAUGAUAAUAAAAUCGAUGAAAUAAUGCAACUUCAGAAUAAUCCAAAUUUUGAAACAUCGAAAAAAAAAAAAAAAAAUAUUCCUCAUAAAAAAGAGAAUGUCGAAUCAAAAUAUGAGGAAAAGAAAAAUAAUGAACAUACCACGCAUGAUGAUAAGUGGCAAAUAAGUGAAUGCCAAACAAAUAGAAACGAUAAACAUUCUAAAAAAUAUAUCAAGAAUAAAACAGAUUGUGCCGAUUUAAGUCACAACGAAGAUAAAAUAUUUGAACAAAAAAAAGAAGAAAUAAAAAUUAAUGAAAAAACACAAAGUAAAAACGAAAAAAAUGUUGAUAUACAAAGAGAAGAUAAACAAAGUAAAAAUUCGGACCCUAAUUCAUUUCAAUUAGUUAACAAUAAAAUAAUCAAAAAAAAUAAAAUGGAUUGUACAAAUAAUACUGAUGAAAAAAUUAAGAUUGUAAAAAAAAACAAAAAUAUACAUACCCCCUUAAUUAGUAAUAAACCAGAUAAAAACCAAAAUUCAAAUUUUAAAAAUUUUGAUAAUAACACUAAUAAAUGGAACACAACACAAAAUGAUAUUCAUCAUUUAUCUAACUUAGAUAAUCUCGAUUUAAAAAAAAAUGCAUACAACCAAAACACUAACAACAAUGGUGAUCAAAAGUAUGUAGCUAUACCUGUACAAUCUGAAUCACAAAAUAAUCUUUUCAAAGAUACUUACUUAGAUAAUUAUGAUAGUAAAACAAAAAUGGCAGAACAUGACAAAAAAUGCAUUCCCAAUAAUAGUCACCCAGAACCACUUUUAAAUGAAACCGAGUUAAAUUCUGUUUGGACUAGUGAAGAAGCAUGUGAAAACAAAGAGGAUAAUAAAAAUGGGAAUUCUUUUUCAGCCAAUGACCAUACAGAAGUAAUACCAUCUCAAUGUGAAGACGAAAUAAAUUAUGAUACUUUAAAAAAUAAAAAAAAAAAAUGGGGAAAGUAUAUUAUGAGUUCAAAUGACGAUCUUGAUAUUUCUCUAAACAAUAAUGACUAUGAAGAAAACGAAAAAAAUGAUAAUAUCGAAGGGGGACAUAUUUACAAUAAUAAUGACAAUAACGAUUUUAUAUUUAACUCAUUUAUUUAUGAUGAAGAUACUUUGUGUGAUAGAGAAAAGGAUCUACCCCAGUUAGUUACUUCAACUAUUCAACCAGAUUCAGUACAGAAUCAAAAAGAAACAAAAGAAAAUAUUUCACAACCCCAUUUAAGCGAUACAAACAAAAUUGAUCAUAACAUUAGUCAUGAGCAAUCUGAAGACCCAGACAGUGGUAGUACUAAUUCGAUUUAUAGAAAAUUAAAAAAUGCUUUUUUUAGCAAAAUAAAUAAGUAUGUAAAAAAUGAUUCUCCUAAAGAUACAUCUCUUUGUACUGCAUCUGAUAAUAGUGGGUUUGAGCAUACUAUUGAAGAAGGUAAACGAAAAAAAACAAAUCAAGACAGUACAUCAAAUAAAAAAUCAAAACCACCAAUGACAAGGAAAAAAGUUCGAGCAAAUUCUCAAGAUGAUCCAAAUGUUAACAUAUAUGAAAAACAUUACAUAACCAGACGAAGAAAAAAAAAUGAAUCUGAAAAUGAUGGAAAUGGAUCAAAAGAAAUUUCCGAUACCUAUACAAAUGUCAUUAAGAAUAUAAAAAAUAAAAAAAAUGAUGUUCUCGAAAAUAAUGAAACAACUAAAACAGACACAGAAAUAGUAAACCAAUUGAACUAUUCAGAUCAUAUUUCAAUUAUUUCUAAUAAUCAAAAUAGUAAUAAUUUUUCAUUAAAAAAUUCAAAGAUGAUAUCAUUAUAUGACCAAGUAGAUGCACAUGAUGUAUCAGAAAAUUAUGCUACUAAUAUUAGGAAGGAAAAUACGAAUGAAAAACUUUUAAAAGACAAAAUCGCAAACGAAUUAAUUAUCGAAAAAAAGGAAGUACAUACAAAAUAUUUGGAAAUAGAAGAAUAUCCAAAUUAUAGUAAAAACAUUUUUGAUCCCACAUCUUUCACAAAUAUAGAUGCACAUUAUGAUAAAAAUUCAAAGUACGAAACCAGAUGUAGCAGUAACAAUAUAUGUCAAGAAAAUAAUAUAAAUGAAAAAAUAGUAGACCCCAAAAUGGGAACAAUAGAAAUAAGUAAUUAUAAAAAUGGUAGUAACACUGAUGAAGUAGUAAACAUAAGCAAUGACACAAAUUUAGAAUCUAAUAAAUUGAACCCAAAUAAUAAUAUUAUAAAAACAGAUUCAGCAGAUGCAAUAUUAAAAGAUAACAAUAUCAAUGAUGAAUCUGAAAAGCAAAUUAUUAAUGAAACAGAUAUAAAUGGAAUAGAUACGAAAAUAAAUUUAUUUUUAGACAAAAUAGAAGAUAAGAAACUAACAGAUAGUCUUAUAAAAAAUCGUAUAGAAGCAGAAAAAUUAAAUAAUGAAAUUCCAUAUAUAACUAACAUAUAUGAAGAAAUGCAUAGAUCCUCUGUUAUGCCAUUAAGAAUUGAAGCUUUUCAUUCGUUAGAGGAUCAAAGAUUAAUAUAUGGAAAUCCAGAUUGGCAAAAAUAUUUUUGUCCAUUGUGUGAUCAGAAAUAUUAUCCUCCUAAUGUUUAUGUAAAAAAUUAUAUACAUUAUUUAAAUGAACAUUGGAAAAAUCGAAAAAAUUUAGGUGGUUAUAUAAUAUUUCCUUGUAAAUUAGAGCAUGAUAAUAAUGAAAUGAACCCAUCAGAAAAAAAAGUAGAUGUAGCAGUUACAUCUUAUAAUCCUCCUAAAAAAUGGAAAAAAAAAAAAAAAAAAAUGAAAAGAAAUACAAGAUUAUUUAUUGAUCCACAUUAUCAUUGCCCAUUAUGUUUACAUUUACAAUUUGAUGAUUAUGAACUUUUAGUUGAUCAUUGUACAAAAUUACAUAAAUCUACAGGAGCAGAUCCUACAAGAACUCUACCACCAUCUUUUAUGCACACACCAUUUAUUAAUAACAAUGAUUAUUAUUGUUCUAUAAAAAAAAAUGAAACAGACAUAAGUAGUAGUGAUAUAUUAGAUUCUGAUCAAUCAGAUAAUAAAAUAAUUUUAGAAUCCAAAAAAAAGGGUGAUCCCUUAUUUCAUGAUCCACCAUCUCAAUCAGAUCCAUUACUUGAACUUAAUAAUUUUAAAAAAAAUAAAAUAAAAAAUGGAAGAAUUAGUAAAGUUGCUUUUUGUGAAGAAAUUAAAGUACGAGAAUAUGAUAUUGAAUUAUCUAAAAUCGAAAAAUUUGGGGCCAGUAUUGGUCCGGUUUUUACUGAUGAUAAAGAGGAACCAGAAAAAGUUCUUGGAUCUGAAGAUUCACUGAACCCCUCACAAUUACCAAAUGAAUUACCUGAACAAACAGAUGUAGCUUCUAAGCCAUUAGAUCAUCUUCCAAUUUCAGAAGAGCCACUUCCCGAAUCUCAUAGUAAUAAGCCUGUAGAUAACUCGGUAUGUUGUAAAAAACUAAAUGAGAAUAAAAUUAAAGAAUGUUCAAUCCCUCAAAAUAACAAUCAAAGUGAUUCUACAAGUUUUGGUACGAAAACAAAAAGUAAUGAUAAAAUGAACCCAAAUAAUGUAUGUGACAAUUGCUCCACAUCUACUAUACUAAAUAAUAAUACUGAGCCAAGUACUUGUAAAAAAAACAAAGAAAUUUCUAAAAAUGGUGAACAUACUGGAUAUGCAAAUAAUAUGGAAUCUAAAUCUGGGCAUUUGAAAAAUGAUAAUAGUGAAAUAUCCAAAGAUGAAGAAGCACAAAAUGAUAAUUAUACUAACCUGUUUAAUAAAAAAAAUUGUAUACUAAACCCUGAUCAAAAUAAUUGUUUAUUUCAGGACAAUUCUAAAACUAAUUUUUUAGAUAAAAAUGAAUCCAAUAAUUAUGACAAUGAUUAUGUUUUAAACUCAACAACAGAUGAAUCAACAAAUGAAACAGAUGAUCAGGAAAAUUUGAAUCAAAACGAUGGCAAAGAAGGUUUUACUAAACAAAGAAAUAAAAAUAAACAAAAUUCAACAAACAGUUCCUUCUCUAAUUUAUUCUCCUUAGAUUCAAUAUCUAGUUCAAAUGUCAGUGACAUUAUUCCAGCUUCAAAAGAUGAAUUUGAAAAAAUGUUGCAAGUCAAAGAACAACAUCUAAGUGAAAUUUUGUUAGAGAAUAUAAAAGAAAAUCGAAAAGAAAAUAUAUUUAAUCAAAAUGAUGAAAAAAAAGUUGGGCAAUUUAUAAAAAAACGUAUUAUUCAUAUACAUAAAAAUGUUAUAUCAAAAUAUAAACGAAAGAUUAAAAUGUCUACUAUACAAAAUCAAAAACAAAAUGAAACACAAGAACCAAAAUCUUGUUUAGAAAAUAAACAGUAUGAACAUGUUUAUAUCCCUCCAAAUAAUGUCAACUUAACUCUGAAUAAUGAAGUAGAAAAUGUACCACUAAAAAAGGUUAUACGUACUAAAAAAAAAGAAAAAAUACCAACACAACGAAAUAAUUGUAGAAAAAGUUCCAGAAAUAAAAAUAAAGUCACACAAUGA